GUCAGAAAUUAAAAGCGGUAGCUAUUGUGGUUCUUUCCCCUUCACACUUUUUCAGUUUCCUUCGUCUUUCUUCUUUCACUGAUAUCACUUCCUUCCCUUCGUUAACUUUCUCUUUCGUCUACGCCUCCGUUCAAUUUGUUCCUCACUGUCCUUUUCAAUCGCCGCAACACCAAAGAAGUUUCUCUCCCAUAGCGCUGAGAGAGAGAGAAUGGAUUGGGGAAACGUGACCGCGGAGGAUCUGAUCGACGCUCUUCGCGAGGUUGAUUGGUCUUCGCCGCCGCGUCCUCUGUCGGAAUUCUUCUCGCGAUUCACUGUUCCCAGAUCUUCCUCCAAAUGGAAUAGCCGCCUCAAGUGCAAUCUUUACUACUACCGGACCAACUACUUCAUUUUGAUUGUUUCUGUUCUCAUAUUGGGUUUUCUUCGGAGGCCACUUGCUAUUGUAGCUGCGCUUCUUACGGCACUUAGCAUUGCUUUUCUGAAUGACAGCUUUGCAGGUACCUUUAGUGAGAAGGUAACAAGAACAGUUAGACAAUUUUCACCCCAUUUAGCUGCCAAGAUGAGACCUCCUCUCACGCCUGUUAUUCGUGGACGUCCAUCAGCAAAGAGAGCAAUUUAUAUAUGUGGUCGGCCACGCUGGGUGUUUGUCUUGAUAUUUUCUUCUGCAAGUUUCAUCCUUUGGUUUGUUUCUGCUGGUCUCCUGACUGUUUUAUGGGCACUUGCUAUUGGUCUUCUUGCUACCAUCCUGCAUGCAAGCUUUAGAACACCUAACUUGAAAGCUCGUCUAAACACCUUCCGUGAAGAAUUUCGUGCAGUAUGGCGCAAUUAUAGUGAGCUUUAGCUUGCAUAAAAUUUGUUGGACUUGGAUGUGUUGCUGCUUUAUAGUCGAAGUAAUAUCCUUUUAUUCGAAUGAAGCACUCUAGGGACGGCUGCCAACCAUUGGAGACUAUCAACAGAUUGUAAAUUUUCAGGAAUCAUCUUGUUUUUGUAGUACACUGUUCUCAUUGUUUAUCAUAUCUAGCGGAAGCAUUGGAAUAUUGAUAGACGCUGUAAUCUAGACUCGCUCACCAUUCUAGUUGUCAAAAUUCGUAAUUGCUCUAGAAAUUGGUGAUGUAAGAUACUUCAAUUUCUUGUAUGUUUCAUAUUUGUAGGUUUCUUUUAUUUUGAUAUUGUGGUUGCAUUCCGGUAAAGAUUGAAAAAAUGGUUGCUUGCCUUGUGUGAUGCGUUUCUAAAGCUGUUUGUUUUAGUGCACGGGGUGAGUAGAACUUCAGUUCUUGCAUCACAGUUGUUGACUUUGUUUUGCCUGUUAUUUUGUUUGACAUGCUGUUGCUUUAUUUUCUGUAUGCAUGGACAAGCUCCAGUAAGACUGAGUCCAUGUGUUUGUAACUUUUUGCAUUUUGUGUAAGGGAAACUGGUGAGAGCAAGCCUCCACUUUAGUUCUU